AGCAGGAACUAUCUCCAUGCGUGCUACGCAACGACACUAAUUUCCCUCAGAUCAGAGAAGCUUUAGACGCACGACAGGCAAGACCGCCGCUAUUUUGAACCAGUCGUUCUCGUCUGUUGCUGGCCGAGGCUAGGUUAAUGGCGCAUUUCGAGGCUUCCAUGAACCAACUCGACGUAGACUGCCUCGCGACUAUCUUUUCGUUCCUAACUCCCGCGCAAAUCUGCCGCUUUGCGCACGUGUCGCGCACGUGGUCGGCAGCAGCAGCGUCUGACGUCAGCUGGGGCCGCCUUCUUCCCCCUCUUUGCGGCUCGCCGUGCUUCCAGAAAGCCCUUGAGGCGCAUCGCGUAACGGCAUGUUCGAGAUGCCGGCUGACGUCAGCCUCCCCUCGUGAUGACGACAGCAGCAGCUCCUCUAGUGGCGGGCCGAGCAGAAUAAUGUGCCGCAGUAGCAGCAAUGAUGACGUCAGCAGCAGCAGCAGCAGUGUUGACGCCAGCAAUAGAUGCAGCAGCGGCAGCAGUGAGGGUUGUAGAUGCCACGUCAGCAGUUUCACACAGAAAUGGGUGUGUCAGAAGCUUUGUGAAGGGGUUUACGUGGACGAUGGCCGCUUCCACGUAAGCAUGGACCCGUUCACCGCUACAGUCACAACCUGUGUGAAUGUAGCGAAGGUGCUUGAAGUUGUGGGCAUGGGAUCAAACGGUGGUGAUGCUGACGAUGCACUUUCCACAGAAUGGUUCCUUGAGACGGGUCGUACGGCGCCUAAUAACGAGGAUCCUCAAAACGAGGAGCGAGGACCACGUGGCAGGCCACAGCGACGCAGAAAUGGCCGAAAUCGGGGCGGAAGAGGACGAGCUGCUUAUAACGCGGACGGGGGCGCCGCAGCAGCAAGAAACAACUCUCCCCAUGGAAAUAUUAGUCGAAGUGAAAACCCAAACCCUAAUGUGGGGGAAGUCGGCAUUCCAGGCGCAAUUUUCCCCGCGUCAGUCCCCCACCUGUUUUCCGCCAUCCGCUUUCUUAUCAGGGGCGACAUUGCGCUCCCCUUUCCCCUCCGCCCGGGCGCGUACGAGGCGGAGUGGCGCAUUGCGCGCGACCCCGCAGAGGGCGAGUGGAAGCAGGCGGAGGAGCGGCUGUUGCGGGAGGCGGAGUGGGCGGAGGGCGCGGAGGCGGAGGCCUGGCGGGAUUUGGGUUUGGGGGCAGUCAGCGGGGAUGACGCGCGCGGAAAGGGAAGGGGGAAGGGGAAAGGGCGGAAAGGAAGGAAAAUGGACAAAUCCGCGGAUCUGGUGGGCGCUCUACGAAGCAUCAGGGGGAUUGGGCGGAGGGGGCUAGGCGUGCAAAGUAGGGGAUGCGGGGACUUGGCUGCAGGGGGCUCGGCGUCGGAUUUGACCGCCGGAUCAAAUCACCGGGACACGGCAAGGGGUGUUGGUUCAGUGAAGGACGAGCUUGAGCAGGCGAUGGAUGACGUGGCAGCGAAGCUGGCGUUUUGGCGAAGCACUCAGCAGCGAAGCGGCUUUAAGUGCUGGGAGGAAUGGCCGCUCACGAGCGGCGCGCAAGUGGUAGUCGGGGGAGGGGAGGAGAGGGAGGAUAGGAGGGAGGUGGGAGACAACGGAGAGGAAGAAGAGGAAGACGAGACGAGGAGGGAGCGCGAACUGGCGUGGGAAGAAUUUUACGGGAAUCCUGUCGAGAAACGAACUUACGUGAUGUGGAAAGAUACAGUUUCUACACUACCGGACUGGACGCAUCUGGAGGCAGGCGUUUUGCUUAUAAAGGGGGAAUUUCAACGGGACAUUGCGGUGAAUGCACGUGUGCGGAUGAGAUUGUGGGAGGCGCAUAGCGGACGCGAUAAGAGGGGGAUGUUUGUUGACUGCGUUGUGCUUAGGGAGACCGGCAUUCCUUGCGAGUGCUUAUGGUAGGUUAUUAUAGACUGCUAUGAAGCUUAGA